AUGCAGCCCAGCCCAAUAAGAGAUACAAAUUGGUCAUCUUUAAUCGCCUUCCGUCGUUCUCCGCUGAGUUGCGUAAUGGCUACGGCUUCACCUGCUUUAAGCAAUACUAGUGCGGAUACUACCUCAAACACCGCAUCAAUACUUCUAAGAACCUCCGCGGCCUUAACAAGCCCAAAUGCAUCAAGUGUGGCAAUGUCGCUCGUUCCAGGUGUCCGUAUCAGGCAUGCAAAAGUUGCUGUGCAAAAAGCUCAAAAUCCAUGCCAUAUACACGUGUUGAAGGGCAAUUCAUCAUUUCCAGAUAAGACAACAUCCUCAACCUCAUCUUUCAACUUUCAGCACUCAAAUGAGACAUCCUCAUCAGGGAAUGCACAUAGAGUCACCUCACUCAGACAACUCUCCAACAAUUUCGCUCAGUUCAACAAUUUGCAAACUCCUGCACGUGCAAAGAAGCCACUCACAAGAAAGGAGGCAUCUCAGAUAAACGAGUGGCGGUUUUCAAAGUUGAAAGAAUACAAAGAUAGAAACAUGGAAAUCGAAAACGAAUCUUUCGAUAGAUAUUUAAAAAAUAUCAGUUUAUUGGAGGACGUGUUUGCCCUAAAUUCCAAUUUAGAAGGAGAGAAUGAAACAGUGGUAUCAAAAUUGAAAAUUAUAAGAAGCGAAAACUUGAGGGAUAGGAUGCGGUUCAUUGUGAACAACGGUUUAAAAAAUCUGGAAACUGAGACCCAAGAAACCAACACCACCACUGGGCCUAAGAAGGCCCGGUAUUCUGGUCUGGUUGAACUCAAUAAAAAACUAACAAAUGCCAGAACCGCUGAAGAUUUGAAAUCUUGUCGGUUACUCAAGUCUCAACUCCUCGAUCGACCCGAGGAUGCUGAACCAGACCAAAAGUCAUUAAAAUGGUUUACUACAGUUACGAUUCAUCAAGAAGCUCUUGGUCAUAUUGAUGACCGGUUUAAUGGCCUUAAGGAGAUUCAGCAGCUUUAGAUUGUGCUAAUUAAUUAUGUUGUAUAACUGGUUACUCUUCUUAGUUAAAUAAAACACCGGUGGUUGGUUGAUUUUGUUUUGUUUUGAUGAG